AUGAACGUGCUCGGCAUAUUUGCAGAUGAUGGCCUGCGCAAGGGAAUCAACGAGAAGCCGUGCUUCGUUCACGUUGACCAGCAGACGGGGGAGGCACUCUCCACCAUCUCGUAUAGCCAGCUCAAAGCAUUGGUGGAUGACUUUGCCCGAGAUCUCGCCAGGUCACACGAGACAGAGGACGGCUCCUUGCUGCUUCUGGGUUUAUGCUUCCCGCUCGGCACGCCUGUGCACUACUUGGUUGCCCUUCUGGGUGCUGCCAAGCAUGGUUCGCGCUGUGUCGCGAUGCCGCUGAACAUCCACGCCCAAUUCCUGUCAGACGAAGAGCUGAGCGAUGCUUUCGAGCUUGUGGAGGUGGCGAUCUUUCCGGAGAUCGAUGUGGCAUCUCUUGACCCGCAAAGUCGAGAUGCAGUGACCACCUUCGCGGGUGUGGCAGCAGCACGAGGCGUGCCCACCUGGCGGCUGUCUUUUCGUACAGACGUGGCCUGCCCGUCGGUGCAGCUUCGGCGAGACAAGGAAGCGCCAACUCAUACGUCCAGAAGUACGCUUCCAGAGGACACUGUGCUGCUUCUACGAACCUCCGGCAGCACUGGCAAGCCGAAGUCUAUUCCGCUGACCAGGGGCAAUGUCGCGGCUGCUAUUGGCUCCGUCAUUGAUGCUUACGAACUCACGGAGGACGACAUAACUUACAUCUCGCAGCCCAUGGUCACGGUGGGCGGUUUGGUGACACCAUUACUGUCCACCCUCGCCAGUGCCGGUACCGUCAUCUUCUCGAAGUUCAAUGCGGCAAAUCACUGGAACGUUGUCUUGAAGCAGGGUGUCACCUGGUACACGGCUGUGCCGGAGAUGCACAAGCAGAUUAUCGAGCAACAACGGGAGCAGGUGCUGGAGCGCUCGGCGCAUCGUGUGCGAUUCAUCCGAAACGGCAGCGGCUGCCUUCCACAGGAGUUCGUGGACCAGAUGCGCCACCUCUUCAACACACAGGUCGUGGUCGCCUAUGGGAUGACAGAGGCAACGCAGCUGGUGUGUGCAAAUCCUGUUGGAGCACCAAAGCCGAGCUCUGUAGGCAAGCCUGCCAAACACCUGCGCCUGCGUCUCUUCGACGAGAACCUUCGCCCAGUUGGUCAUGGCAUCCAGGGCGAGAUUUGUUUGGCUGGGCCGUCCAUGUUUGAGGGCUAUUGGGGGCCUGCGACAGACGAGGUGAACAAGCGGGUAUUCUUCACAGACGCAGACGGCACGCGCUGGUACCGGACCGGAGACAUUGGCACCCAAGAUGUUGAUGGCUACGUCUUCUUAGUCGGUCGCUUGAACAACAUGAUGAAGAUCAAUGGCUACAAAGUGUUUCCCGAGCGAAUGGAGCAAGAGCUCGAGAAGCGAUUUCCCAGCUUGAGGUUUGUGUUGGUAAGGCAGUCCGAUGAGAACUCUGGAGAUUCUUUGGCAUUGAUGGUCCAGAAGCGGCAUCCGGAACCUGGGGAUGUGGAUAUGGCAGCCAUCUGUCGAGAAGUUGCGGCCGUCGCCCGGUUCGGCGUGUCUUUCCCACUUCCACAGACUGCUCACUUGGUCAGCGAGGAGCUGAGCAUGAUUACGAAAUCUAGCAGCAAGAUCGAUCGGAAGCUCGCAGCAGCUUUGGCCCAUGAUCAUGACCAGACGACGGAGCAUCACGUUCUUGACUUGGCGCUCUUCGGCGGCGAGCCUCUGGAGCAGCAGAAGCCCCUUGACUGGUGGAUUGCUUUGGCGACGAAGCUUCUGCAUGCACUCGGCAUCGACGAACUGGAUGCAACGACUCCGAUAGCUACUCUUGGGCUCACGUCACUGCAGGUCAUGGCCUUUACCAACAUGAUGAGCAUCUACACUUCCGAGUUUCUGAACUCGCGCGUGCUGGUGAGCAACGUCCUCCAUGCCGGCACGCUGAAGGAGCUCGUGGAAAGCUUUGGGGCAACGCCAUCGACACGGAGCUUGCCUGCGGAAUCCGUAAGGCGGAUUACGAGGGCCAAAACUGCUGGAGGCAGGGAAGCUCCCCUUCGAGUGCAGACGGAGGAUCCGGUGCACAUCGUCGGUGUCUCCUGUCGCUUUCCUGGGCAUUGCAACCACUUGGACGCGCUUGCUCAGCUUCUGGCUGACAAGCGUUGCGGUAUCACCCACCGCACGGACUGGGACAGUGACAGGCAUCCAGAGAUAGCCUACGCGGGCUUCAUCGAAGGCAAGGAGCUGGUCGACCGGGCCUUGUUCGGGCUGUCGCCGCUGGAAGCAGCGGAGAUGGAUCCUCAGCAGCUGGCGGUUCUCGAAGGUGCCUAUGAAGCCGUCGUGAAUUCCGGUGUCAAAGUUCACAGUCUGGCGGGCAAGGACGUGCCUGUCGUGGUUGCCGUCAACCAUGCUGAUGCCGAGAUAGAUUUCUAUAGCCAUUUCCAUGGAGUCAAUGGUGUUCCACCGCACAUCCGAGCUUACAAAGCUCUAUCAGCAAUUGCCGGGAGAGUGAGCCAACUGUUGGACCUCCGGGGAUCGACUUUCUGCGUUGAUGCUGCCUGUGCAUCUUCGAUCGUGGCAGUACAUGAGUCUUUUCACAUGCUGCGCAGAAGUCGGUGCAAGUCUGCGAUUGCGACCUCGGUGAACCACUUGACCAGCAUGAACGUGAGUCUCUCCAUGGCACCCAGUGGCCUGCUAUCGAAGACUGGCCGAUGCCACACCUGGGAUGCCUCUGCCGACGGUUUCGUGCGAGGGGAAGGUUCCGCAUCAGUGUUCCUAGCCUCAGAUGAGGCUGCCGAUUCUAUGGGUGAGAUCUGCAACACGAUGGUCAAGCACAAUGGGAAGACCUCGCACUUGACGUUCCCGGAGCGUAAGGCAGAAGCUGAUCUGGUCUAUCAGUGCAUCGAUGCGUCGAAUGUCGGCUUCGGUGAGAUCAACUACGUGGAAGCUCAUGGCACUGGAACUACAAUUGGCGAUGCGACAGAAGCACAUGCUUUGCAGGACGUCUUCGGCACCUGGCGCAAGCGGAAGUCCAAUCCUGUCCUCGUCGGAUCGGUGAAGGCCAACCUUGGACAUCUGGAAGCAUCUUCCGGGAUGGCCGGCCUCCUUUCCGUGCUGACUGUGUUCCGUCGCCGGGCGGCUCCAGGGAACGCCGAGCUCAGACAGCUGAGCUCAUUCGUCGCAGGGACUGGUGAUGCAGUUGGCCUCGAGUUUCCCAUGCAUUCAACGCCAUUGCCAGAGGGCCGCCUGACAGCGUGCUGCAAUUCCUUCGGCUUUGCGGGAACCAUCGGCACUGCCGUCCUGGCGUCUGAAGAGCCGCCAAGUGUCGUGAAACAGUCCCAUCGGCGCACAGCUUUCAUCUUCGCGCUCAGCAAUGAGCUGCCGCAGCUGGUUCAGGAGGUCUGCGCCUCUCUUCAAGCUGCAUCCUACCUCAAUGCGGUGGACACCUUAACGAAGAAGCUCCCCGAGAUGCCCAAGAUGGCCGUUGAUGGCUUGACCCUGUCUGCCUUGUCCGGAGUGCUGCGAGGGCAGGCUGACUGCCCGAAGCAGCUCCAGCCGAUAGCAUACGCAGCCUUUCAGCUUUGCCUGGCAUCGGUUUGGAGAGACCACGGCGUACACCCGGACGUGUUGGCCGUGGCUGCCCCUGCGGGCCUCCGCGAAGUGCCGGAGCCGUGGAGGACGCUCUGCGAGCACGAAUUUGGUUUCAAGUGUCAGCUGCAGGGUCAAUACGACAUGGCAAUCAUCCUCGCAGCAAGUGACACCAGGCCUUUCCAGGAUGCGGUUCGGUGCAUCGAGGCAGACACGAAAGCAACUGUUGUACCAGGUGUGGUGACGGCGCCCCAGCUCUUUUCGAGUAUUGGGCAUGUGGCUCGAUGCCUGGUCUUUAACCUCUCGGCCCUCAACCGUGAGCCGAGCAUCCGUAUGCUUUCAAAGGAGCCCGGAUUCGACGUCGAGCAGGAGAAGCCUCCGUCGCAAAGCUCAAGCCAAGAUUUCUGCCUCGUGCAGAAGCUCCUCCAAGAGGUAGACUACCACGAAGAGGAGUUCGGGCCUUCCACGGUUCCAUUUCAGGAGCUGGACUCACUGCAGUGGGCGACGUUCACAAGCUUGUUGCGCUCGCGAUGCCAGCUGCGAGACAUUUCUAUGGAUGCCACGGUUGCCAUGAUCGCCCAGCAGUUGCAGAAAGCUCCCCUGACGCCGGGUCAUGUGCCACACGCGCCCCAGGAGAUAGAGACGCUGCAGGCCCUCACGUCCUUGGAAGCGGAGGAUUCGACAAACACACUGAUUGGAGUGCACGGGAUUGAAGGCGAUCCUCUGUUUCUGCAGUUCAAGACACUGGCCAUGAGGCUGUCUGGCGAAGUGGCAGUCUAUGCCCUCAAGGUGACGGCGGCGGUUCGUCAGGCUUGCUCGAGCCUUGAGGAUCUUGCCCAACUGCACGUCGAAACCUUGCAAGCUCGGUUUGGCUACAGCUCUUACAACAUCUACGGCCACUCGUUUGGCGCGAUGGUUGCCCACAAGAUGGCAGAGCUACUGGAGCAGAAAGGAGUUGCAGUGACCCUUUUCCUCGGUGACUUUGAGGUGGCAUACCCGCCGGAGCGUUUCAUGGACAACCCCAGUGACGAUGAGUUCACAGACCGCUGCCGCAUGGGUAGCUGGGAAGGCCCGGAGAUGGAGGCAUACAAGAUCUUGCUGAGGAGACACAUGUUCUCGCACAGGGAGGAUGCCGAAUACUGCAGGAAGUUGCUUCACGACAUGUCCGAUCCGCAGAGGCGAGAGCACGAGCUGAAAGGCUUCGUUCUCACGAAAGCCCGCCCGAGCAGUAUGCCGAUGGAGAUUUAUUUCUCCAUGAUCAGCGAGUUUUCGGCAAACAUGGGCUUUCAUGAGCGACUCGUGAUGCGCAGCUGCACGUUGGAGGCGACCGGACGUGGGUAUAUGGACAGCAAGAACUUCUUCGAUCGGCAUACCUAUCAACCUGGCAAGUUGCCAGCGGCAAUGCUAUUCGUCUCCAACAGCAAGGAGUUCUCGUGCUGCGUUGAGGUCAACAAGCAGUUCUACAACGAUCUGGAAAUAGUGCAUGUUCUCGAUCACGAGCAUUACAACUUGCUGGAGAGCCAGGACAUCAUCCCCAGCACGGUGUUGCAGGAGCUGAGGCGAAAAUUUGACACUGCCUAA